GCCACAGCGGGUGAGAGUGAUGUGCCGUUCUUCUCAAUGGCCGGUAGUGACUUUGUGGAGAUGUUCGUCGGCGUUGGACCGGCCAGAGUUCGAGAUUUAUUUACUCAGGUGUGCAAACUCGAAUGGCUCUGA